AUGGACGGAUAUGCCCUGAAAGGAGCGGACAUCGCGGGUGCGUCUGCGGACUCGCCUCGACGCCUCCCUGUGAUCGGCAUAGUCGCGGCAGGACAACUGCCGGAAAGGGCUGUCGAGUCUGGCACGGCCAUGCGAAUUAUGACCGGCGCACCUGUUCCCGACGGCGCCGACACGGUCGUACCUUUCGAAGAAACGGACGAGGUGAAAAGAAAGCAAGAGGGCCGGCCGCUGGACGAGGUGGCCGUCUUCUCUGAAAUGGCGGUCGGGUCGAAUGUACGACCGGCUGGGGAGGACAUCCGGCAGGGCGAACUAGUGCUGGAAGCAGGAACCGUUGUGCGAGCGGCCGAGGUGGGUGUCCUUGCAUCGUUGGGACUGGAUCGGGUGAGGGUCGUACGCAGGCCUGUCGUGUCGGUGCUGGCGACGGGAGAUGAACUGGAAUCCGCCGGGGCGGCCCUGUCAGGCGGAAAGAUCUACGACAGCAAUAGCUUCAGCGUCGCCGCCUCAGUGGUCGCCAGCGGAGGGAUACCCAGGCUGCUGGGAAUCGCCCGCGAUAACCUGGACGAUCUCAAUGCCAAGCUGGCUGCAACUGCCGGUUCCGAUCUGGUGAUCACCUCAGCGGGAGUGUCCAAGGGUGACUACGACAUCGUUAAGGACGUGCUUGAGCAGCGGGGGAAGAUGAAUUUCUGGUCGGUUCGCAUGCGGCCGGCGAAGCCACUGGCCUUCGGGCACCUUCGGGAUGACGGCGGCAGGGACGUGCCGCUGCUGGGCUUGCCCGGUAACCCGGUCAGCGCGAUGGUGGCGUUCGAGAUGUUUGCCCGGCCAGCGAUCCGCUGUAUGCUGGGACGUCCGGUGCGUCCCCGCCCAUCGGUGGACGGAGUGCUGACCGGCCCGAUCCGCAACUACGACGGCCGCCGCGUUUACGCGCGCGUCGAGGUUGAGAAGCGCGAUGGAGUCUAUUACGCGACUCCCACCGGUCCGCAGGGUUCUAAUAUUCUGACGUCGAUGUCACGGGCAAACGGGCUGGCGAUAUGCCCCGAAGACCUGACGGCCAAACAGGCGGGCGAGCAGGUGCGCAUUAUCAUGCUGGACUGGAAUGAAGAGGUGGAUCUAUGA